GGCAAGCUUCGUGAAUACAGAAUAGAUUUAAAGCAGACCUACGGCCAACUAAUAUCAUCUGUUUCCUAUUGGUGACCGCCAUACUCUAGGAGGAACAAGACAAGAAGAGCCCUCCGAAUCAUAAGAAUGGCUUCUACAAAGACCGAUUCCGACAUCUCCGACACAUUCAAAGUGCUUCAGCACACGGUCCCUAGCCAGCAUAUACGGGAAUAUCCCCAGGCAACGGCUGUCAACCAGGAGGACGUUUUAUACCUUGCUGUGAAGCAAUAUGUGCCGUGGGAUAACCUACAUCCUUCCCCUGGCGCGGUGAGCAUCGUCUCCGCGCAUGCGAAUGGAGUACCCAAGGUGAUCUUAUUCCCAUCCCAUUCCCUCACAGUGCUAACGGAACCCCAGGAAGCGUAUGAGCCGUUUUGGGUGGGCAUUUAUCAGGCAGCCAGUAAAUCCGGGCUGGCGAUUCGUGGUAUCUGGAUGGCCGACGUGGCCAACCAGGGUGUCAGUGGUCUGGUAAACGAGGAACGCUUGGGAAAUGAUCCUUCCGCCUUUGACCAUUCUCGGGACCUGUUACUCCUGAUGAACCAUUUCCGAGACAGCCUUCCGCAGCCAAUCAUUGGCCUUGGGCACAGUAUGGGAGCGACGCAAUUGAUCCAUCUCUCCCUUAUGCACCCCCGGAUCCUGCAGGGUCUUUUCCUAAUAGAGCCCAUUGUUUUUCCUUAUUCCGGGGCGGAUCAGGGUCGAUACCCGGCGGCGCUAGUAUCCCUGCGACGUCGAGAUACCUUUCCCACCAAGGACAUGGCUGUAGCCCACUUUCAGCGCAGCAAGUUGUUCCAAUCAUGGGAUCCACGGGCAUUUGGUAAAUGGAUUGAAUAUGGCCUCCGUGAUGCUCCACCUGGCCCCGAGCCGCGAGUGGUUUUGACGACCCCCAAAAGUCAAGAGUUGUCCACCUUUGUUCGACCCAUUCUCGCCCCGAAAUCGACAACAGACCGUCGUGUACUCUGUCCGGAUCUUGCACUCGAGGCACUUGACGAUGAACGGAUCCUGUUCUAUCGCCCCGAACCGGUCAUCACAUUUCAUAAUCUCCCACACCUGCGACCACCGACCAUGUACGCAUUCUGUGAGGGCUCGCAGCUUGUCACCCGAGAGAUGCGGACUGUGAUCACGGAGAAGACCGGAACCGGCGUGGGUGGAAGUGGCGGGGUGGUAACAGGGCGUGUUAACAUGACCGUCAUCAAUGACGCAGGGCAUUUUGCUCCGAUGGAACAUCCCCAACGCCUAGCAGACCAUGUUGUGGAGUGGCUACAGGGUGAAGAUCGCCGGUGGAUCACUGCAGGCGAAUUGGAAAGACCGAAGCAUCGAGGGCAGAAUGAGGGAAGCCCGCGCGAGAUGAGUCGGGAGGUGUUGGCUUUGUUAGAGGGGACAAACAGUUGCCCAGACACAACAGCGCGUCCCCAUAAAUUGUGAGACCACCAUGCCAAAAGAAAACACUUGGAUGGCCUUUAUACAUCACGGCAGCCUAAUUUAGAGCG